GAAUUGAGCGGGCGAGGGAACGCGACCCCAUCCAAAUAAUAACAUUCUCUUCUUCUCUUUCUUACCUGGUUUUCUUUUUUGCAAUUAUUUUGUUUUUUGGAAAAUUUUGUUAAAAAUUUUGUCGAAGAUUUUGCCGAGUCAGGAUGAGUGACGUGGACGAUGAUACCGUCGAAGACGACAGUAUUGCGUCGCGGAGGUCGAGGAGGUCUCGGGGCGAUAAGGGAGGCAGACUUGCGGCCUUGGAAAGGUUGAAAAAUACGAGGAAGGGUGGCGUGAAGAAUAAGUAUGAGGUGAAAGAGUUGGAGAAUGUGUACGACGUCGUGGACGAGGACACUUACUCGAGGAAGGUGAACGAUCGAUUGAAAGAUGAUUGGAUAGUGGAUGACGGGACAGGUUACUGUGAAACUGGACAUGAAUUAUUUGAUGAUGACCUCAUCGAUGAGGCUGGUUAUGCUGGGUCAUCCAAGAGGAAGAAUAAAGCGCCCAAUAAGUCGAAAAAGCCGACAAAGGAGGAACGACAGAAUCAAAAGUCUAAUUUCCUCUCCGUUCGAGACAUGUUGACAAACAUGCCAGCCAAGAGGAAGCGAGACACAGAGGAAAGCUCUGCUGCCGCUGGUGGGGCAGAUGAAUUGCUGGGGGAUAUGUUAAUGGAGUUAAAUGAAGAGAAAACGGCCAAGAAGGUGAAACCAGAUGAGAGGCAGGGAGUCAAAUUGUUAUCCGUCUUAACAAACAUGCCCAUGAAACGGAGGCGAGAUGGGACUGACCCUGAAACUUCUUUCUCAUCCUCCGAGGCGAAUCAUUCCCUCGAAGAUAUUUUACAACAUGUAGAAAAGAGGGCGAAACCUGCUAGUUCUUUUGAGAAAUUCUCCAAAAACAAAAAGUCAGAACCAAGCGGAUACCAGGAGAUUACAGAGUAUUCUUAUCGGACACAAAUGGAAACUGAUGGAUUUGAAGCGACUGAGCCUUCGUUAGACGCAGUCAAAGUAAAAAUUGAAAAAGAAGACGUUGAGGAAACUUCCGUUGCGACCACCAGUUUCCGAGAUAAUGACAUUGUUAAAGUAGAACCCGCAGAAAAAGAGGAAAAACCCAAGCACAGUUUGACCACGACAAUGCAUGACAUAAUUGAAAAUGCAAAAGCAUCUACAACAACAACCACUAGCCAAAUCGAGUCAUCAAAUGUGGAAUGCAUGACUAUAGAUGAAACGGGAAAUAAGCAGGUCCUAAACUUUUAUUGGUUUGACAUUUACGAAGAGCCCAGAAAUCCUGGUGUCUUGUAUUUAUUUGGAAAAGUCAGCCAAGAAGGAGCAGUGGGAGGAUUUGUCAGUUGCUGCAUAGCAAUUCAAAAUGUCCAACGUUGUGUGUACAUACUUCCUCGUUCAGAGAUGCGAGAUGACCCUGAGAAAGACGUCACAUUUCGUGAUGUGUCUGCUGAGAUCGAAGAACGUUUUAAAAAAUUACACAUACUCCAGUUUAGAGCACGAACAGUAGAGAAAAAAUACUGCUUCAGUGAAGAAAAUGUGCCUAAAGUUUCAGAAUACAUGGAAAUUUUUUAUCCCGGCACGUUGCCUGCAUUGCCAGAGGACUUUCAAGGAAAUACAUUUUCUCGUGCAUUUGGAACACGAUCUUCAAUGCUGGAGAACUUUUUGUUGAAGAAUAAGCUGAAAGGCCCUUGUUGGUUACAGAUUGUAAGCCCUAUCAAAGUAGAAUUAGGACAGCAACAGUCAUGGUGCAAAAUGGAGUUUAAUUGUGACGUUGGAGGAGUUAAAAUUCAUCCUCAGAAAGACUCAAUGGAAAUCCCACCAUUUGUGGUCGCAUCGAUAAACAUGAGUUCAAUUAACGACCCCAAAACAAAGAAGGAUUGCAUCAUUUCUGCGUCUGUGGUUGUAAAUCGAGUGUUUAAAAUGCAAUCUUUUCUUACAACUGAAGGUUUAUUCCAUGAAUCAUUUUGUUUGCUAAAUAGACCUCCAGGAGAAAUAUGGCCAUUUGACGUGGAUCGAGUACUUUCAAAAUUCACAACCAAAAUGGAUUCUGAGCGAAGCAUGUUGGCAUGCCUGCUAGCUAAACUGUCACAAUUUGAUCCAGAUAUUUAUGUCGGCCACGAUUUGAAUUUGGACUUGCUUCUUCUCCAACUAUGGAAUCACAAGGUUCCUCAUUGGUCACGUAUUGGGCGUUUGAAGCGAUCCUCGCAGCCUCAAAAGGGUGGAAAAUUGCCCGACUCCAGAUCAGCCGUGGCUGGAAGAUUGGUUUGCGACGUACAGAUAUCAGCGAAGGAACUAAUAAGAGCCCGAUCGUACGACUUAGCCAGUCUUGCUUCACAAGUUCUUGGUCUGAAUGAAGAUCAAAUCACUGCAUACACUGGGACAGAGUUGCGUAGUCUUUUCGAAUCGUCUGAUGGAAUUCAACAUCUUGCAGCAUGGGGAAUGUCUUUAAGCAUUUUGAAUCUGAGGCUAAUGAACGAACUUCAAGUAAUGCCACUCGCCCUUCAAAUAACAACAAUUGCUGGUAACACCUUGGCCCGUACGUUGAUGGGAGGUCGUUCGGAAAGAAAUGAGUUUCUUUUAUUGCACGCUUUUUACAACAAGGAUUACAUUGUUCCUGAUAAGCAAUACAAAAAGAAAUUUAAGCGCGAGGAUGACGAAGAAGGAGGAGCUGGUGGAGAGGACAAAAAUAAUAGCGGAAAAUCAAAUGGUCCUGCUUACGUCGGAGGCUUGGUCUUAGAGCCAAAGAAAGGAUUCUACGACAAUUUCAUCGUUCUCAUGGACUUCCUUUCCCUGUAUCCAUCGAUUAUCCAAGAAUUUAAUAUUUGUUUUACGACAACCACUACAGAAGAUCACACGGACUAUAGGGAAAGGGGUAUUCUUCCCGAGGAGAUUAGAAAACUUGUCGAAAGUCGAAGAGAAGUAAAGAAAUUGAUGCAAGCGGAAAAUGUCUCCCACGACUUGAAACGCCAGUAUGACAUUCGACAGAAAGCUUUGAAACUCACUGCAAAUUCCAUGUAUGGGUGUCUAGGAUUUGGACAUUCGAGAUUCUAUGCCCAAAACCUUGCUGCUCUUAUUACAGGAAAAGGACGGGAGAUUUUAAUGAAGACGAAACUUGCUGUUGAAGCACUAGGGUUUGAAGUCAUUUAUGGAGAUACCGACUCGUUGAUGAUCAACACAAAUACUCAAGAAAUUGAAGCAGUGUAUAAAAUUGGAAACAAAAUUAGGACAGAAAUCAACCGCAUGUAUAAACUUCUCGAGCUGGAAAUUGACGGCGUGUUCAGAUUUUUAUUACUCCUGAAAAAGAAGAAAUACGCUGCACUUACAUACAGCGUUAAAAAGAAUGGACAAGUUGAAACAGCGAUGGAAUUGAAAGGUUUGGAUAUUGUUCGUCGUGAUUGGGCUCCAGUGGCAGCAGUAACUGCUCGUGCAAUUUUAGAUGAAAUAAUGACUGAACAAGCAUUGGACGAUAAAAUUUUUAAAAUUGUAAAGAUUUUGAAUGAUAAAGCAGAAGAACUAAAAGCCGGACAUGUUCCCUUGAAAGACCUGCUCAUCACAAAACAAUUAGCUAAAAACCCAGAAGAUUAUAAAGACCGUCAAGGAUUAUAUCAUGUCACCGUUGCCAAACGUUUAAAUCAAACUGGAAAGCUACCCAAAAAGUUCAAGAAUGGAGACACUGUUCCCUAUGUAUUCUGCACCGAUGGCAUUGCUCAUCAUCCUGUAGAGUUAUUGGAAAGUAAAGCGCCACCGAAAGUCGAAGUAGCGAAAGUUGAAAAUAAUAAUGAAAACGGCGGUACCGCAUCCAUUAAGCAGGAAAUAACUGCAUUGGAACCUGACGCAAAAUAUUAUUUAGCACAACAACUGCAUCCUGUUGUUUCUCGUAUUUGCGAGCCGAUUCCUGGUCUGGAUGCAGCUCGUAUUGCAGAAUCACUAGGAAUGGACCCCUCGUCCUACAAGAGAAGGCAUGUUGUAGACCGCAGCCAGGAUGACAUUGGACUUGGCGAAAUAACCGAAGCAGAAAAAUAUCGAGAUUGUGCUCGGUUUAAAUUUCCAUGUGUUAAGGAUUCGUGCCGUCAUGAAAUCGUUAUCGAAGCUCCGUUUGUUGAAAUACAAAACAAAUGGAUAUCCAGUCUCAAUAAGAUAUGCCCGGGAUGCUCCUCCAUUUCCCCAAUUUCUUAUAUGCCCCACGUACUCAACAGCUUGGUCUUAUUUAUGCGAAAGUUUAUUGAGAAAUAUUAUCAGGGUUGGUUCGUAUGUGAAGAUCCUGCAUGUCCGAACCGAGUACGAGGAGUAAAUCUGCACCUAGAACGAGGUUACAUGGUCUGUCCAUGCAAACAAGGAGUUAUGUUCCGGGAGUAUACAGAAGCAGAUCUGUAUAAACAAUUGAACUACUUGCUGUACGUCUUUGAUGUAAAAAAGCACAAAGAGGCUUUGCCCACGGUCGAAAGAUCAAAAUUAAAUCCUGAGAUGGCAUUCGCAGAGAAACAAUUCGAGAAACUUUCAACAUUAGUCCAAAAUCAAUUAAAUCAGUCCGCAUACUCGGAAAUUUGUUUAGAAGAUUUGUUUAUGGAUCUAAUUCCAAAAUUCAAGCAUUUAUUCCACGAUAAAAGGGGAAAACAAAAACCACCCACAACGUCAGAAAUUCCUCCUACCAGUUCUAAGAAGAAAAAAUGAAUUGUUUUAACGAAUGUUUUAUUUAUGUGUUGCGUGAGCUAACUUUAACGUUGAUUAAGAAAUUAUGUAUGCAUGCAGAUACUAUUGUUGAUAUAUUUCAAUUUCGAAUAUUUAUUUAUAGCGACAGUGAGUAAUGUAAUUUUGUGUGAUAUGCAUUUCAGAAUGAAUAAAAUCAGAAAAUACUGAAACCACUUAAUAA